GUCUAGCUCACUUCAGAACGCGGUCGGCUCCACGCAGCAGCGAAUUAGCUGCCUUCCAUAAUAGAAGGCCCGACCGGUCGGAAUUCCGCCGAAGCGCCGAAGGCGCUCAGGGGCGGUUUACCUUCCUCCUUUCCUUGGCUUUCACGUGCAUCCUCUCUGAGGUCCGGGAGCGACCUGGGCGGCGACGCGCUCUGCAACCCGCCGCUGGGGGCGGCCACGCUCACGCACGCUUGUGCGCAUGCUUGUUCCCUCAGAACCCGGAAGUGCGAGGGAGAGGACAGCCACGUGGGUCGAGCUGCAGUGCAGCUCGCAUGGGGGAGUCUAUCCCGCUGGCCGCCCCGGUCCCCGUGGAACAGGCGGUGCUGGAGACGUUCUUCUCUCACCUGGGUAUCUUCUCUUACGACAAGGCCAAGGACAAUGUGGAGAAGGAACGGGAGGCCAACAAGAGCGCGGGGGGCAGCUGGCUGUCGCUGUUGGCGGCCUUGGCGCACCUGGCCGCGGCCGAGAAGGUCUAUCACAGCCUCACCUACCUGGGGCAGAAACUAGGGGGCCAGUCUUUCUUCAGUCGGAAGGAUUCCAUCCGCACCAUCUAUACUUCCCUGCAUAAUGAGCUGAAGAAGGUGGUGACUGGCCGUGGGGCCCUAGGUGGGACUGCACCUCAUGUGGAAGAACUCCUGUCCCAUCUGUCAGAGCAGCUCUGCUUCUUCGUUCAGGCUCGGAUGGAGAUUGCAGACUUCUAUGAGAAGAUGUACACACUUAGCACACAGAAAUUCAUCAACGCUGAAGAGCUUGUUGGCCUUUUGGACACCAUCCUCAAGAAAUACAGCUCCAGGUUUCAUCACCCAAUCCUCAGCCCUUUGGAGAGCAGUUUCCAGCUGGAAGUCGAUGUUCUGAGUCAUCUCCUGAAGGCCCAGGCCCAGGUCUCAGAGUGGAAGUUCCUCCCAUCCCUGGUUAACUUGCACAGUGCUCACACUAAGCUUCAGACUUGGGGCCAGAUCUUUGAAAAGCAGCGGGAGACGAAGAAACAUCUGUUUGGAGGGCAGUCUCAGAAGGCUGUUCAGCCCCCACACCUUUUCCUUUGGUUGAUGAAACUCAAAAACAUGCUCCUGGCCAAGUUUAGUUUUUACUUUCAUGAGGCACUGAGCCGGCAAACGACAGCUUCAGAAAUGAAAGCAUUGACUGCAAAAGCUAACCCAGACCUGUUUGGAAAGAUUUGCAGCUUCAUCAGGAAGUAUGAUGCUGCCAACGUGUCCUUAAUUUUUGACAACCGAGGUUCAGAGAGCUUUCAGGGUCAUGGCUACCACCACCCCCAUUCCUACAGGGAGGCCCCUAAGGGUGUGGACCAGUAUCCAGCCGUGGUGUCUCUGCCCAGUGACAGGCCAGUCAUGCACUGGCCCAAUGUCAUCAUGAUCAUGACAGACCGGACAACAGACCUGAACAGCUUGGAGAAAGUGGUUCAUUUCUAUGAUGACAAAGUUCAGAGUACCUACUUCCUUACCCGCCCAGAACCUCACUUUACUAUUGUUGUCAUUUUUGAGUCAAAAAAAUCUGAACGAGACUCCCACUUUAUUUCCUUCCUCAAUGAGCUCUCACUUGCCCUUAAGAACCCCAAAGUUUUUGCAAGUCUGAAACCUGGAUCCAAAGGUUAGCCAGUGAUUUGUGUAAGAGAUUUUUAAGACUGGAAUUUGUGUUCUUAAUUGCUCUGAUGAUCUGCAGUGGUAUGUGGCAAGAAUUUACGUCCAUUCAUGCUUCUUUCAGAGCAGUAUUAAAGACAAAUCCUCCCUAAUCGUGUAGUACACUUUGUAAGCAAUUAAGGCCAGUUGAAUUAAGUAUCCAAAGAGUAAUCUGGGAAGUGAUCAUGGACUGCUGUGUAUCUCCACUGUUCAGCAAAGUAGUUCCAGUAUUUUCUCCUGUAUUUUUCCUCUAUUUUAUGUGGACUGGACAUUUUCUGUCAUUGCAAUUAAAGGUGAAUCAGAUUUGUAGCGUAAUGUCAGCUUUUAACAGUUCAGAUGAUCCUCAUGGCAACUCUAAUGGCAUUGGUUCUUUUGGAGUGAUCUAUAUGUCAAACUGCAUUUGUUUUGCCUUUUUAAAGUUUGAAGUUUUUAUUGUUUUAAAGUCAGUGUAAGCCAUCGUGAGGUUUCUUCUUCGUACUAUCUCUUUGACUAUUAUCACUUUUUUGCUGAAAUCUAUGUUCAUCUUUGGCUCUACUCCCUGGUUAUUUUUAGGCUCAGAAAGUAUCAGUUUUGGUUUUUCAACCACUUUAGCUUCUCAUACAAUGUGCCCUGCUUUUAUAAAAUCAAAAUGAAGGUCUUGAUGCCUUGCAUUUACUAAAAAUCAAUUGUGCUUUCAGAAGACCUCUUCAUAGUUGAGUAAUUAACUGAGUACUUAGCACAUCUGAACUUGGGUUUUAUGUCUGCCUCCUGCAAAUUAUGUUUAGUAGCAGUGCUACAUCUUAGCACUGUCGGCCUCCUCAUUUUCCUUCAGUAGGUGUUCAUGGAGAAGUCAGUGGAAUAGUAAAGGCAUAAUGGACUCUGAAAUCCUUCAUUUCCGUUACUGUUUCAGAGUAAAAAGGAACCAGAAAGAAUAACCAAGUUGUUACUACUUGGUAGUUCUUUCAAAGUUUGUGUAAAAUGUUACAGCCAGCUGAGUGCUGUUUCUCAUGAUUAUGCAGACCCACCGUUGCACUGUGUGUCCAAGGAGGACACACCAGUAACAUCAGCAGAGCCAGGGAGCCUCCAGUCAGUGGGAAGACUGCCCACCUAGUCUGGAUUUCCUGGUAGAAGAACACACCCGCCUACUUUCUGGAGAGAACAUGUGUUUUUCUUUAUUUCUCUCUCAUCAUAUGAUUUGUAAAAAGCCAGUUUGCUUUAAAUAGAAUGUAGUGAUUUAUCUCUGCAUUUUAUUCACUCAGGUUCUAUAAAAAUAUGAACAGAUUUUACAACAUUGACCUUACUUAAAAAAUUGAAAACAGUUGGAACUAAAGAGUCAAAUCAUUUUUCUUCUUUUUUUGUACUUUGCCAAGUAACUGAAAAAUAUUCCUUGGUGUUUGUAUAUUUUUUUCCUCUGGAUAAAACCACCAUGAGCCUUAAUGAUAGGGCUCCCCCAUGUACCUAAAAUAAUAUGUGCUUCAGUGGAACACAGAGGGGUGUAAAUAAAACAUAUGUGACACUUAAGCUGUCAAAUGCAUACAUAUUUGAAUUGUAUGUUUAUUUUUUAAACAAAAAAGAAUUUACAAGGAACAGAAGGCAGAUGUAAAUAUUAAAAUCUAAGACAAUUCAUGAAUCACUGCAGCUGUCAUAGACUGUACUGAGGGAUUCUGAAGAUUAAAUAUUGAUAUUCUAAUGAUUUCUUAAACCCUCCAAAAAAGUUUUCUUAUUAUAUUAAAAAACAUUUUGGUUCAAGUGAAGAGUCAUUUUUACUCUCAGGUUUAUCCUCUAACUACAGUAAGAAGAUGAUCUCUUAACACCUGUGUUUUUCUAAUUGGAAGAGUAAAUCUGCACAUUCCUUGCCGACUAUCUACUUUGAAAUUCAUUUCUAAAACCACAACCUUAUGAUUUUCUGGGUAGCUGGGAGCAUGGUCAGCACCAAGUCUGCCAAAGAAGUCCCUCAAGGAGUGUUUCUUUUGAGGGUUCUGUUUGGACAUAGGGUGAAUGUUUACAGCUUUGUCCUCUCAGGGCCAAUCUGUUAUCCAUACAUAAUUUUGGGUAGUGUGUGUGUGUGGGGGGGAAAGCCUACUUUUUUUUUUUUUUAAGAGAGGGAGAGAAUUUUUUUAAUAUUUAUUUUUUAGUUUUUGGUGGACACAACAUCUUUAUUUUAUUUUUAUGUGGUGCUGAGGAUCAAAACCAGCGCCCUGCGCAUGCCAGGUGAGCAUGCUACCGCUUGAGCCACAUCCCCAGUCCAAAGCCUAUUUCUUAACUGAGGAGCCAAUACGCUUUUUAUAAUUGCUUUCUACUUUUGGACAUAUUGGGAAAAUUUGCUUUCAAGAAAUAAUUGAUCCUUCACUGUACUCCCAGUGGAUUCAAUCAGGUGAUCUUUAAACCAUGUCCACCUUUUUGAUCUAGCAGCUGAUUUAUGAGUUGUAUUUCUUUGGCAAGUUAGCUUCUGAGUUCAAUUUCUCUUUCUGUAAAAUAGGAUAUGAAAACAUGGGUUGCCUUUUUCAAAGGAUAGAGUAAGACUGUCAUGAGAUCAUUCAUAUAAAAAAGACUUUGAAAACUAGUGUUCAAAAGCUGUAUAAAUAAAAGAUGAGCCCCUCUUCCCUUAAAUUUGACAUCUCUCCUUUUUUUUCUUUUUAAGUCUAUGACCAACCUAUGCUUACAUGUGAAAUUUGAAUAACAUUUAAAGAGCUAGUUUAGAAGAGGAGGCAGAUAAAUGCCUAACCAACACAUCCACUCUUCCUCUUUUGGAAUCUUUGUGGUUCUUUAUUCCCAAAUUUUUGUGGUUGGUUGAUAGCAUUGUUUCAGUUAUUCUCUAUUAACUCAUUUUUUAGGGGUCUGAUUGAUCAAUCAGUUCUUGAGAGAAGUGUGUUAAAGUCUUCAACUGUGGGCUGGGGUUGUGGCUCAGUGGUAGAGCACUUGCCUAGCAUGUGUGAGGUACUGGAUUUGAUCCUCAGCACCAUGUAAAAAUAAAGAAAGAUAUUGUGUCUAACUACAACUAAAAAAUUUAUUUAAAAAAAAUCUUGAACUGUGAUUAUGGAUGUGUGUCUUCUAGAUAGUUUAUAUCAGCUACAAUCUGGUUAUGUUCUAAUUACAUUUUUCCUUUUUUAUUAGCCAGAGUAUAUUUACAAAGAAAAAUUUCAUCUCCCAAUAUUUGGUUACCUUGAAGUACAAUUAUAUAGGAAUGGCUUGGUAAAUCUGAUUUUUCCUUUUGCCUUUUUUAAAAUAGUGAAUUAGUUCCUUAGCAUCUUCCAGAGAAGCUGUAGAAUUUUAAAAGAAACAUGAAUUUUUAAGGAUUUUUGCCUCUUAUGUUUAACCUCAAAUUUGAAGCAAAGCAGCCAUUUUCCCCUCUCACCUCAAGAUACUUCUGUGUAAAUAUUAUGACUUUCCCUUUUUUUUCUCCCGGUUCUGUCUUCAUUACUGUUGAGUAUUUUCCUCCACCUUUCCUCUUCCCUCUCUCCAUUUCCCUUUUCCCUUCCUUCCUCCCUUAGUUUCUGAUAUUGCCCUCACCAAUUCCACUCCACUCACCACCCCCACCCAUGUCUCAGGGAGCCAGAAUAUGCCCCAGUGGUCUCUGACCCACUUUGGGGAAGUAGCAUCUGGAAGUAUUCGUUUUGAUUGAUUUUACAACCAGGUCAUCUUUUUCAGUAAGUAAGAAUAUGUAUUGGGGUGUGUGUGUGUGUGUCAAUUUUGACACUAAUGGGGUGAACACAAUGAAGCCUAGCCACUUUGAGCACACAGGACCUUUAGCCAACUAAGCCAAGCAGUGCUGUUUGUGUCUAGCAGAUAAUUUGGCCUAAUAAAUAUUUCCAAGAGUAGUUUUCCUAUGUAAUGUUUUAUUAGGAUCAUUCUUAUUCUAUUUGUUUUAAUUAGUGUGUGAAAUCAUUAAAUUAGCCCCUGAUUUUUUUUUUCUUUAAGGAAAAAGUUAUUUUUCUCCUUUCUUAAUGAGAAAGAAGGAAUACCAUGUGACUCCCCAAGAAAGCCCUGUAGGUAGAGUUUAAUUUAGCAAUUCCCUCUCUACUUUUCUACCAGGUUCCUGUUACCAAUGCAAUUAUUUCAUGGCCUUUUGCCUGAAUUAUUCUAAGCAGCUUCUCCAGAGGAAAUGAGUCAGAAGAAAUAGGCUUGACGUGCACUUCUGCCUGUAGAGACUUUUCUUGGUAUCACAUAAAUCCAUAAGGCUUAAUUAAUGCAAGUAUUUUGACUGUUUGCAUAUUUUUUCAGUCUGCUUUUGAUGACAAGGUCUGUUUUGGGGGUACUUUACAUAUAAAACCAUAUGGUAUGUGUAAGAUAUCAGGUUAGAAGAUGGAGAGACAAAUGGGCUCCUUUUCCUGUAGCUCUCUAACAUCCAGGCCUGGAGGUGGUACUCUUAGCCCUGGUAUAACUCAGGGAGGGUUCUCGGGAGCAACUGUAUGGGAGUACAUUCUGAGAGGGGUGCUUAGCACGCAGUAGCAGCAGCAGAAGAAUGUAGGAUGGCAUCUGCUGUUGACCUAGGAGAGGAAAAUAGUUGAAGGUUUUUGCUAACUUUGUCCAUAAGGUGAAUUCUGCUUUUGCCAGUCUGGAAACAACAGAGAAAUUCUGGAAUGCAGUUAAAUUAGAAAAUCUGAUAAGUGGUGUGAUCUGAGACUUACAGUGACUCAGCUGGUUGACAUUCUAGGUUUUAGGCCUAGGCUCAUUUCUUUUUUGAACAGACAUGGCAGUACAGGACACUCCUUUCCCCCAGGGUCAUCUUGGUCUUAGUUACUCCAGGGUAGGUCAGUGUUGGAGCUGCUCUCCUGACCACCGCCCCCAGCAGAAGACGACAGGAUAUGAAACGACUCCUUCCUAGUGUUCAGCAUUCAUUCAUUUAACAACUAUUAAAAAUUGACUAUGUGAAGGGUGGUGAUAAAAGUUAACGAAGACCAAUGUGAUUCUUUGCUUGGUUGGUGCUUGUAGUUAAGCAGUCUGGCUCCAACCACCCAGGUAGCCACGAGUGUCGAGGGCUGUAACCAGUGAAAUGCUGAAUAGCUUUUAUUUUAUUAUUUUUUAAAUUUUUAUUUGUUCCUUUUAGUUAUGCAUGACAGUAGAAUCUAUUUUGAUAUAUUUAUACAAACAUAAAAUAUAUCUUAUUCUAAUUAGGAUGUAUGUGAUGUUGAGAUUCACUGUGGUGUAUUCAUAUAUGUACAUAAGAAAGUGAUAGUCGAUUCAUUCCACUGCCUUUCCUAUUCCUAUCUUCCCUCCCUUUCCUUGAUUCCCCUGUGUCUAAACCACAGAACUUCUAUUCUCCUCAUAUUACUCAGUUAUAAAGAAGAAUGACUUUGUGACAUUUGCAGGUAAAUGUAUGGAUUUGGAGACUAUCAUGCUAAGUGAAAUAAAUCAAUCCCAGAAAAACAAAGGUUGAAUGUGCUCUCUGAUGUUUAAAUGAUAACCCACUGAAUAGUCUUUAAAUUUGUGGCACUUGUAUACCUUCCUAUGGAAAAAAAAACCCUAAAAUUAUUAUUUUGUUUAGGGAAUGGGGUAUGGUAUGUCUCAAUGGUAGAUUGCAUGCAUGAAACCCUGUGUUCAAUCUUUAGCAGUGUCAAAAAACUGAAAUCAUUUUGUUUCGCCCCAAAGAUGGGUCUUAUUAUAUACUGCAAUUAUUGACAUUAAAAUAAAAUGUUAAUUGCCCUUCUAAA